CAGGAAACGAGAGGAAAGAAUAGGAAGCAGAAGCCCGCGCGCGGCGCCCCCUCCCACCCCUCGCCUUGCCCGCGCGCUCCCGGCCGGGCGCUCCCGUAGCGCCCCGCCCCCCGAGCCUCGCGCCUCGCGCCUCGCGCCACGUCCCCUCCCGGCCCCGCGGCCGCGAGUUGCAGUUGGGCGGGCGCGCUGGGUGUGGCCGGCUGCUGUGUCCUCCGUGGUGCGCUCCGCUCCGCUCUGCUCGCUCCGCACAGCGGCUCCGCGCUCGAGGGGCAGCCGAGCGCCCAGCGGACCGGGCGGCGCGCGGCCGACGUGGGCCUGAGCUCCCUCUGUUGCUCUCCGGUAAUUCCUGAAUUAAAUUGAAAGGAUGAGUGAACUAGAACAACUGAGGCAGGAAGCGGAGCAGCUGCGGAAUCAGAUCCAGGAUGCAAGGAAAGCAUGUAAUGAUGCCACACUUGUUCAGAUCACAUCGAAUAUGGACUCUGUGGGCCGAAUACAGAUGCGAACGAGGCGUACACUAAGGGGACACCUUGCCAAAAUCUAUGCUAUGCACUGGGGAUAUGACUCCAGGCUACUAGUCAGUGCUUCUCAAGAUGGAAAAUUAAUUAUUUGGGAUAGCUAUACAACAAAUAAGAUGCAUGCUAUUCCUUUGAGGUCCUCCUGGGUGAUGACCUGUGCUUAUGCCCCUUCUGGGAACUACGUUGCUUGUGGAGGCUUGGACAACAUCUGCUCCAUAUACAAUUUAAAAACCAGAGAGGGGAAUGUGAGAGUGAGCCGAGAGUUGCCUGGUCACACAGGCUACUUGUCCUGCUGUCGUUUUUUAGAUGACAGCCAAAUUGUUACCAGUUCAGGAGAUACAACCUGUGCUUUAUGGGACAUCGAAACUGCCCAGCAGACCACCACAUUCACUGGGCAUUCUGGAGACGUGAUGAGUCUUUCCCUGAGUCCUGACUUGCGGACUUUCGUUUCUGGUGCUUGUGACGCCUCUUCCAAGUUAUGGGAUAUCCGAGACGGGAUGUGCAGGCAGUCUUUCACAGGCCAUGUCUCAGAUAUUAAUGCCGUCAGUUUUUUCCCAAAUGGAUAUGCCUUUGCCACUGGCUCUGAUGAUGCUACUUGCCGGCUCUUUGACCUCCGUGCGGACCAGGAGUUGUUACUGUAUUCUCAUGACAACAUAAUCUGUGGAAUCACUUCUGUUGCUUUCUCAAAGAGUGGGCGCCUCCUGUUAGCUGGUUAUGAUGAUUUCAAUUGCAAUGUUUGGGACACGCUGAAAGGAGAUCGUGCAGGUGUCCUUGCUGGUCAUGACAACCGCGUCAGCUGUUUAGGUAUAACUGAUGAUGGCAUGGCGGUGGCCACAGGCUCUUGGGACAGUUUUCUUAGGGUUUGGAAUUAACAGUGUCCGGUAUUUUUCUGUUCUCCAUCAAUAUCUGGAGAAAUCAGUGCUACAGCCUAUAGCUGUGAAAACAAAUUCUACCUUAUAUUUGCAGGUGAAGAUUUUUUUAUUACUAUAUUAAAUAUGAAAAGCUUUCAGUAAACUACAAAAAAGGGAAAACAAGGCUGCUGGGAUCAAAAGGACCAGUGUAUUCAUUAAUUUGAGUAGUUUCAUUUAACCUGGAUAAAGUUUUAGUUAUACUGUUUCUUUGUUAGAUCAGAAUAUAUACUUUAGAGCAGCUGCCUGUGGUGUUUGCUUUUGUUAAGAACUACAUCUUAAAUUUUGUAUACGUAAGAAAUGUCAGUCAUUGAGUUUUGUAAUGUAAGAAUAAGGCCUUGUAAUAGAUGAAAAUGAUAGUAUGUGUGUGCUACAUUAAAUAGGAAGUCCCCUUAAAUUUGACAUUUCUUUUAAUCUAACCAACCACUUAAUGUUUAAGAGUGUUGUCAGUGUAGUGGCGCACACCCAUAAUCUGAGCAUUCAAGACGCUGAGACAGGAAGAUUGCCAUGAGUUUGAGGCCAGCCUACAAUCCAUAGUAAGUUCCGGGCCAGCCUGAACUGCAGAGUGACACCCUGUCUCACGAAAACUAAACAGUGUUGAUGGAUGAGGUACCUCUGAGGAGAGUCAUUCAUUUCUUGUGUAUUCUUUUUCCAUAUCAAUCUAAGUAAGUGCUUUUUUCAGUCCUUUGACAGGACAGAUUAUAUGAGUGUCACUGGAAAAAGAUUAUACUCUGGUAUUUUGGACAUACCUAAGAAACUUCAUUAGAAUUUAUUUUAUAAGUGCCAGCAUUUAUAUAAUUCUUGGCAUUUUAAAAGCCUCGUUGUGGUCAGCUGAUAUUGAGUAACCUCAACCGCUGGACCUACUGAUUUUAUAUUCUGGAGCUAAGUUUGUAGAGUAUAUUUAUAUUUCAAAAGUUUGAUGUAUAUCUGGAUUGUCUGCAUCUGAAGACUCUUACCCAGGGUUUUCUAUUAGUAACAUCUAGACAGGAAACACUGUGUGCCAGCAGUAACAUGUUUGAGAGAAAUGUAAAAUUUGACCAUUUGCUAGCACUGACUUACUUUAAACAAGGUGGCUUUGUGAAUUUUAUGUAGUAUAAAAUGUGGCUUUAUUGGCUGGGCAUGGCGGCACACACUUAGACUACAUAGGUGAGUUCAAGGCCAGUUUGACCUACACAGACACCGGCUCAAAAAACAAACAAGCAAACAGAAAAACACCUUGAAUUUAUGUAAAGUGUAAGCCCCUGGCUUUCUUAAAAUGAAACACUUAAGCCUUUUCUCUUUUGUAAUAUUUCCUUCCCACAAAAUAGUAGUUUUUAAGUGGUUUUGCUUCAAAAAAUAUCUAGAUCUCAGUGGCCCAACUUUAAAGCCAAAUUCCUAAAGCAGUUUUCAAAGGAGUCAGGAAUAUACCAAGCAAUUUAUCCACUUGUCCAUGGCAUAAUAUUUAUGAGUAGAAUUUUCCCACUGUUUGAUUUAAAUAUACUUUUCCUCUCUGGUUUCCUCCUAGAAAUGUAAAUGAUAGAUUACUGUCUUGCUUGAUGUAAAGUCAUGUGUUAUUCUGAUACAUAGAAGUGCAUUUUGUAACUUAGUAUGUAGUCAGAGUUAACUUUUGAUCACCUGUAACCAUAAAGUACUUCUAAGUUUUACAUGUAAAUUUUCAUUUUUAUAUUGUAAAUAUGCUGAUAAUGUGGAUACAGUGUAGUGAAAGCAGUGUUUUUUUUAAUUAGGGUCAGUUGAUGUUAGAAUAAAAUGGAUAGAGGCAAUGUAGGACCAAAACAGUAUUGUAGAUGGCAAGUGUGAAUGUAUUAUGCCUUUUGAUUAGGAUUUCUAUGAAGUGUGUGCUAUUAAUGUUUAUCUGUGAACUAUUUAUAUCACUUCAUAAAGAGUAGGUCCUGGAUGUAGGGCACAUUUUAAAAGAGCACAUUUAUUUUCUAAAAAGGGGCCCAGAAAUUCAUUCCAAAUUUCAGUUCAAGACAUGUGUGAAUAACCACACACACACAUUUUAAAUAUGUAUGUAGACAUAUCUCUUUUUAAAUGUAACUAUAAUAUACUUUAGAGAGGCACAAUACAGAUGACUUCUGUGGUAUUAAUAACAUUUUAAUGUUAUUAAAGUUUGUGUAGAGGAAUCUAAAGCAAUUUCCAUAAUAUGUAGUAGGCAACUGAAAACUAAUCACUACUAGAUAUUGUGGGUAAUUACACGUAGGACCAGUUGGUGACAAAGUUUUCUCUUCACUGCAGUAGUUCCCUUGCUGUGGAUGGGAUAUAGCUCAGUAAAACGGCACUUGCCUGACAAGUGUGAGGCUUAGGUCCCUAGCACCAUGAAAACAAAAACUUUUAAACAUAAUGUGCCUCAGAAGACUCUUACGGCAAGAGAGUAAAUUUUGAGGUCUAGGAAGUUUGUGAACUUUUUUUUUUUUUUUUGAGUCAGGGUCCUGAUGUUGCCCUGGUUGGCCACAGACAAUCUUGCUUCAUCUUCUGAGUUGGAAACUAUGGACAUGUACCACCACACCCAGCUCUGGCUAAAGUAUUUUAACAACACAUACUCUUCUAAAACAUGACCACCACAUGAUUUGGUUACCAUUCUGUUUACAAAAGCAAGUUUUGCUGUCAGCAGCAUAUUUCCUCUGCUUUGAUAAGUCUUAUUUCCCCCCAAAAAUUCGGGGGACUUCUUUGAUGUGAAUGCUGGUUGAAUCAGACUAGUUCACAAUUCCAAGUGGUACAUCAUACUGAAUUCCAAAUUGAUAGGAGUAGAGAUCCUGGCUUAGUGUAUCAACAGCAAGAGAACCUAGUAAGCAGGUCAUUUUAUGUUAGACUUACAUCAGCUGAUGCUGAUAAUCAAACAAACUAGUCUUGAAAUAGUGGAUGCACAUGCUUCCCGAGUAGCUUAAGGAAUUUUAGUCUAAGAAUGACACUGACUUUUCUCCAGGUGACAAAAUAGAAUUUUUAUUGCUAAAAAAUGUGGCCAACUUCCUUUAAACCUAGUGAUGUCUUAAAUUUAAUACUUAAGACUGUUAUAAAAGUGAAAAUGCCUGGGGACUUAGCUCAGUGGCAUAAGCGCCCGCCUGGCAAACGUAAGGUUGCGAGUUCCAUCCAGUACCAAAAAAAAAAAAAGUGAAAGUGUUUAGGGAAAUUUGAAUGUGAAUGUCUCAGAUUUUAAAUUGUUUCACAUUUAGUACUUGAUGCUUGUGGUUGGUUACUUUAACUAAAUGAUCCCAAAAUGGGUCUGUCACUUUAGGAAUGAAUGUUCUUUCAAAAAUCUUUAGGCUAUGUCAGGCUUUUUAAAAAUACUUAAGUGCUAUAUUCUGCUUCUCUCCUCCCUUUUACCAUUAUGGAAAGUAAAAUUUUAAACUAUGUCUGACCUCGUUAGAAUUUUAAAAACCACCUCAUCUUUUUUAUAAGAAUAGAAUAAACUAGUAUCUUAAAUUGGAUUAAGCAGAAUUCCGAUCUACUAGUUUUGUAUUAUUCAUUGUGCAUUGCCUCCUACUCGGUGCAGUGCUGUAUUUUAAACUAUGGAUUACAAUACGCACUCACUAAAAUGGCUUGUUGAACAUCUAAGCUAUAGCAUUUUUAUCUUAAAAAUUUAUCAAUCAGAUUGGUGGUGCACAGUGUGUUUAGCCAAUGUUUUUUGCAUGUUGAUAAAAUUUCCUAAAGGAAUUUUCCUUUCUUAAACUGAUGACUGGUUUUGUAAAAUACAGUAUUAACAGUGCAGCGUUUAAAAAAAAACCCUAUUGUUUCAAUUGAUGUACUUAUCAAAACUUGUUUUAAAUUAAUAAAACUUCAGUGAUGCACACGGUAGACUAUUUCAAGCUUUUUCUGUCUUACACAAUGGUGCUCUCUCCAGUUUUUCUUUUCAAAGAAGAAUCUGAACAUUUAUAUUUUCUUAUCCAAAGGCAUCCAUAUCUAAGUGUCUUUAAACGUGGUUAAAAUGUUUUCCUUUUAAGGCAUUUUGAAAACAUUUCUGUUCACUUAAACUUUCUACACACUUGUGGCCAAUUGGCUAUGAAUGUCAGUACAGUGUCUGAUUAUGGAAAAAGUAAACAUGCUAGAUGGAAGCCUCUUACACAAGCUUUAAACCAUACAGACUGUGGACUUGUGCCGUGAUUUAACAGUAUACUUGGAUCUUUUUUCACAAUGAUUAUUUGUAUAGUUAGUUGCUCUGUGAAAUGUGAAUCGAUAAUUGUAAUCAAUAAAGUGCUUUUAACCAGA